CUCUCUAAACGCAGAACUGUUCAAAAACCAGAGAGGCAGAGACCUCGACCCUCUCUCUCUUGUCAACGAGCAAUAAGUGAGAAGGGCUUCGAGGACGGACACUGUUGCAGCAACAGCCAAAAGAAGAAACCAAGUUAACCCUAAUUUUCUGGUCCAAACCCACAAAGGAAAAAAAGCUGGUCCUUUCCUCAUCCGCCAUUGAUGAGCUCUGUGCCCCCUUCAUUCAAAGCGGGCGCUGCUCAUUUCCUCCUCCUUCCAUCCGGUUUCGAACGGCUCGAGCGUUGAAUGCCCCCCCGAUCGAUUCCUGAAUCUCUCCUUUACCUGACGAAUCUCUCUCUCUCUCUCUCCUUUUUUAAGCAUCGGAUUCGGAUUGCUAGUUUGAGCUAAAUCCAAUGCACGAGUGAUCAGAUUCGUGCUUCGUUCUCACUUUGUUGACUUUCCUCUCUUACCAUUUGCACCGGCUUUCAAAUUCCGAGUCUCUUCUUCUUCUGUUUCUUCUUCUAGAGAGAGAACCGGGUCCGUGAGAGCGCGUCAGGGCUUUUCUCUCUUAAGAGGAUGAUCGAACAUCGCCGUGACUCGGACGGUGAACUCAGCAGCGUCGAGGCUUUGAAUUCCAGCCACGCCAGCUCGAUGAGCAGCAGCUCCCGCGGCAGCUGCAGCAGCUUCAGCCGCCUCUCCUUCGACGCGGCGCUGCUGGACCACCACCGCGGCCCCUGCUCCGCCGAGGCCCUUGCCAUAAAGCCGCACAGGUCCUCCUCCGACUCCGCCUACUCCGCCAUGCUCCGCCGCGGCGCGAGGCCCGGGUUCCGCGACUUCCGGCUCCACCGCCGCAUCGGCUCCGGCGACAUCGGCACCGUCUUCCUCUGCAGCCUCAAGGGCCGCGACGGCGCCGAUCCGGCGGACGGGGAGCUGCUGUACGCGAUGAAGGUGGUGGACAAGGAGGCGGUGGAGAAGAAGCAGAAGAGCCAGAGGGCGGAGAUGGAGCGGAGGAUCCUGAAGAUGGUGGACCACCCGUUCCUGCCCACGCUGUACACCGAGUUCGAGGCCUCCCACUUCUCGUGCAUUGUCAUGGAGUACUGCUCCGGCGGCGACCUCCACUCCCUCCGCCACAAGCAGCCCAACAAGUGCUUCUCUCUCGCCGCCGCGAGGUUUUAUGCGGCAGAAGUUCUGGUGGCGCUAGAGUACCUACAUAUGCUUGGAAUCAUCUACAGGGACCUGAAGCCAGAGAACGUGUUGGUCAGAUCGGACGGUCACAUCAUGCUCUCUGACUUUGACCUCUCCCUCUGCUCCGAUGCCAUCCCGGUGGUUGAAUCCCCGUCGACGACUCCGGACCCUUCCUCCGCCUCGCCCGCACCCUCCCGGUUCGACUUGCGCCCGCAGACGAUCGCAGCCCCUCCUUCCCAUUCUCCGUUCUCCUGCCUUCCCAGCCCCAACCGGUUCUUCCGGUCGCGCAAGGUCCAGAACCUCGUCCCGAGCAACCGGCUGUUCGUGGCCGAGCCAGUGGGCGCCCGGUCGCAGUCCUUCGUCGGGACCCACGAGUACGUGGCCCCAGAGGUCGCCUCCGGCGGGUCCCACGGCAACGCCGUCGACUGGUGGGCCCUCGGGAUCUUCAUCUACGAGAUGGUCUACGGUCGCACGCCCUUCGCCGGCGAGUCGAACAAGGCCACGCUCCGCAACAUCGUCCAGAAGCCCCUCGCCUUUCCCGGCCCCAACGCGCCCGCCACUGCCCAGGAGCUCCACGCCCGCGACCUCAUCGCCGGGCUGCUCUGCAAGGACCCGGCCCGUAGGCUCGGGUCGAGGCGCGGGUCCGCCGACGUCAAGAAGCACCCCUUCUUCAAGGGCCUGAAUUUCGCCCUCGUCCGGUCUUUGGCGCCGCCCGAGAUCCCCGGCCUGAGGCUGAGGCGGCAGCGGACGACAACGACGGCGACGUUCCCUAGGAGACAAACAACGGCCUUCGAUUACUUCUGACGGGGGAAGGAAGAGCGAUCGGAUUUCGGCCACGUGUCCUACUAGACCUGCUAGGGUUAGGGGUCACUGGCAGAUUGAUGGUGUACAUUUGUUUUCCUUAUUGCUAAUCCUAUGUUAGGGAAGUAGGUUGUCCAUGUCUUUUAGGGGUUAUCAUGUGUACGAAGUACGUGCUUGACUUAAGACCAAGCGAAAAUGAGAGGAAAGUCCUAUUCAUAUGGCUAACCUAAUAUCACCAUACUAUCAUAAAAAAUCACAUUAGCAAAA